AUGCACCCAGCCAGCUCCAGCUCCAGACCCCUAGACCUGUACCUGCAGCUCACCUUCCUGAUCAUGAUGUCCACCUGGUCAUGUUUUGGCCACAUCGGAGAAAGGAGGGUACUCCCUGUCCCCAGGUCCUCAGGGGUGAAAGGAAGGACUUUGAUUCUCCUUGAUGUGAACACCAAGAGCCCGGUGAGGACUGUCAGCGAGAACUUUCUUUCUGUGCAGAUAGACCCUUCUAUCAUCCGUGAUGGCUGGUUGGACUUCCUAAGUUCCAAAAGACUUGUGACUCUAGCCCGAGGUCUGGCUCCAGCUUUCCUGAGGUUUGGUGGCCCGAGAACAGAUUUCUUACAAUUCCAGAACAUCAAGAACCCAGCAAAGAACAGGGGACCUGGACCUGAUGACUAUCUAAAAAACUAUGAAGAUGAUAUUGUACGCAGUGACAUCUCUCUGGACAAACAGAAAGGGUGCAAAAUAGCUCAGCAUCCAGACACCAUGCUUGAACUGCAGAGAGAGAAGGCAGCCCAGAUGCAUUUGGUGUUACUAAAAGAACAUUUCUCGAACACCUACAGCAACCUCACGCUAACUGCCAGGUCUCUUGACAAACUCUAUAACUUUGUUGACUGCUCUGGACUUCAUCUGAUUUUUGGACUUAAUGCUCUUCGGCGAAACUCAGAUAAUUCUUGGAACAGCUCCAGCGUGCUCAGUUUACUAAAAUACAGCGCCAGCAAGAAGUACAACAUUUCAUGGGAAUUGGGAAAUGAACCCAACAAUUACAAAACACUGAUUAACAAGGCUAUUAAUGGCAGUCAGCUGGGGAAAGAUUACAUUCAGCUGAAGAACAUGCUACAGUCUAUCCGGACCUACUCCAGAGCAAAUUUAUAUGGACCAAAUAUUGGCCGACCAAGGAAGAAUGCUAUAGUACUACUUGAAGGUUUCAUGAAGGUUGCUGGUAAAGCAGUGGAUGCAGUUACCUGGCAACAUCACAAUAUUGAUGCACGUGUGGGAAAAGCUGUAGACUUCCUGAAAACCCGACUACUUGAUGCUCUGGCAGAACAGAUUAGGAAAAUUCAAAGCGUGGUAAAUAUGCACACCCCAGGAAAGAAGGUAUGGCUUGGAGGAAUCAGUGCUCCAUGGUCUAGAGGCACAAACAAUUUAUCAGAUACAUAUGCAGCUGGAUUCCUGUGGCUAAACACGUUAGGAAUGUCAGCCAAUCAAGGAAUUGAUGUUGUGAUUCGACACUCAUUCUUUGAUCAUGGAUACAACCAUCUGGUGGAUCAAAACUUUAACCCGCUGCCGGAUUACUGGGUAUCACUUCUUUUUAAAAGGCUUGUGGGUGCCAAAGUGUUGGCGGUUCAUGUGGCUGGUAUUCAGAGGAAGCCUCGUCCAGGAAAAGUAAUAAGGGAUAAACUACGCAUCUACGCCCACUGUACAAACCAUCACAGCCGAAAUUACGUACGAGGAUCGAUAACAUUAUACAUCAUCAAUCUACACCGGUCAAGGAAAAAAAUUAAGUUGGCUGGAACUCUGAGGGAUAAGCUUGUCCACCAGUAUCUUCUACAACCACAUGGAGCUGAGGGAAUCCAGUCUAAGUCAGUGCAGCUAAACGGACAGCACCUUGUUAUGGUAGAUGAUGGAACGCUUCCAGACUUCAAACCCAGGCAGCUACGACCCGGACGUACAAUUGCAAUUCCUCCUUUAAGCAUAGGCUUUUAUGUGGUAAAGAAUGUAAAUGCUGUGGCUUGCAGGUAUCGGUAG